AUGAAAAAAAGAGUGCUUGGUUGGUUGACGGAAUGGAAUCGCUCAUUCCAAAAUACAUUCCAUUCCCUCAAAAUCAUUCCAUCUCUCCCCCUGUUUUUUUUCCAUUCCAUUCUCUCUUCACUCUUCAUUAACAACACCACAACUCAUUACCGUUGCCACCACCCACCACCACUGUCAUCCGCCGCCGUCACCCACCUUCGUCGCCGCCCGCCACCGUCGUCGCCCGCCACCGCCGUCGCCCGCCACCGCCGUUGCCGCCACCCACCUCCAUCCCCGCCACCGCCGUCGCCGCCAUCCGCCAUCCACCAUCGCCGUUGCCACCUCCCAUCACCCACCACCACUGUCAUCCGCCGCCGUCACCCACCUUCGUCGCCACCCGCCACCGUCGUUGCCGCCACCCACCUCCAUCCCCGCCACCGCCGUCGCCGCCAUCUGCCAUCCACCAUCGCGUUGCCACCUCCCAUCACCGCCACCACCCACCUUCGAUCAUUGCCGCCACCAUCGCCGCUGCCACCUCUAAUCACCGCCGCCGUCGCCACCCACCUCCGUCAUCGCUAUCAACCACCACCACCCACCGCCACCACCGCUAUCACCUGCCACCACCGUUGCCACCGCUAG